AUGGUGAUGGUGGUGGUGCUGGUGGUGGUGGUGGUGGUGGUAGUUAUGGUGUUUGUGACGAUAGGAGUUGAGGUGGUGGUGGUGGUGGUGGUGGUAGUUAUGGUGUUUGUGAGGAUAGGAGUUGAGAUGGUGGUGGUGGUGGUGGUGCUGACCCCUUUGCUCCCCCCUCAUGUCUGCUUCCCUGUGCACGUGUUCCCCCAGAGCCAGCUGACCGCCACGCUCCUGACCUCCAUCGUGGCAGCCGUCUUUGGCUCCCUGCAGAUUGGGUACCACACAGGAAACAUCAACGCACCCGCCAGGAUCAUUGAGGAGUUCUUCAAUCACACAUGGAGGUCUCGACACAACCAGUCCAUGCCGGACCACAGCCUGACGUUCCUGUGGUCGCUCUCCGUCAGCAUUAAAGACUUCGGGGCCCUGCUGGGCUCACUAGGGGUCAAGGGGCUGGCCGACUCCUUUGGAAGACGUAACUCCAUCCUGAUCGUGAACGCGCUGUCCAUCGUGAGUGCGUGCCUGAUGUUCUCCAGCAAGAGCCUGGCGUCCUUUGAGGUUCUCAUCCUGGGCCGCCUGAUCUUCGGUCUGUUCUGCGGGCUGGCCAUGAGCCUCAACCCGCUCUACAUCCAGGGCGUCUCGCCCACCAACCUGCGAGGGGCCUUCGCCACCCUCAACCAGGUCUCCUUCGCCGCCGGCAUCCUGCUGGGCAUGGUGGUGGGUCUGGAGACUGCGUUGGGGACGGAGGAGAACUGGGCCAUCAUGCUGUCUCUGUCCCUGAUCCCGGCGGCUCUGCAGUACCUCACGCUGCCCUUCUGCCCCGAGAGCCCCCGAUACCUGCUCAUCAACCAGGGCCAAGAGCUGCAGGCCGAGAAGGCGCUACAGAGGCUGCGAGGCAACCCUAACGACGUGAUCCAGGAGCUUGCGGAGAUGAAGGAGGAGGCCACCACGCAGGAGUCGGGCGUCACAAUUCGCCAGUUCCUCACCAAGCGCCGCUACAGGCAGCCCAUCAGGCUCGUCCUCGUCAUCAACCUCGGCAGCCAGCUGUCUGGAUUCAAUGCAAUUAUAAAUUAUUCAACGAAAAUGUUUGCCAAGUCUAAUUUUGACGAGGCGAAGUAUCUGACGCUGGGGGUCGGGGCUGUCAACGUGGCGUUCACCAUCGUGGCGUUUUUCCUGGUGGAGAGGGCAGGCCGCAGGAGGCUGCUGCUGACCGGCUUCCUGUCUUUAGCGCUCUGCAACAUGAUGAUGACCAUCACCGACUCCAUACUGCACAUGGUGCCAGACGUGCGGAGCCUGCACGUGUUUGUGGUGUUCUUCCUCAUCUCGGCGUACGAGGUGGGGCCGGGCCCCAUUUCCUGGUUUAUUGCGGCCGAACUCUUCGACCAAUCGGCUCGUCCCAUGGCCAUGGCUUUCACCAGUAUGCUCAACUGGGGCGGCAAGUUCCUGCUGGCACUACUCUUCCCCCCGCUAUUCAAACUGCUUGGACCUUACGUGUACCUCAUCUUCAUGACGAUGGCCAUCGUGGCCUUCACAUACACCUUGUUUCGUCUGCCAGAGACGCGAGGCCGCACGUUCGAAGACAUCGCAGCGGAGUUCCGUGGAGCCGAGGGCAUACCACUACACAACAAGACCAACUUCCACACCUUCAGCACUUGA